AUGCAACCCAAAACACCCUAUCCUGCACGGCACGGCACGGCACGGCACGGCACGGCACGGCACGGCACGAGGAACGUACAAAAAAAAACCAAGGUGACCGUAAUCUGUUCAGUCGAUAUCUGGAGUGUGGGCUGUAUUCUAGCUGAGAUGCUGUCCAACCGACCCAUCUUCCCCGGAAAACAUUAUCUCGACCAGUUGAACCACAUCCUAGGCGUGCUAGGAUCGCCACAGGACGACGAUCUGGAGUGCAUCAUCAACGAAAAAGCUAGAGCGUAUCUGCAGUCGUUGCCACACAAACCUAAGGUGCCCUGGCCCGACAUGUAUCAGAAUGCGGACCCAAAAGCGUUGGAUUUGCUGGAUAGGAUGUUGACGUUCAACCCUCAGAGACGAAUCACGGUUGAAGAGGCGUUGGCGCAUCCGUUCCUUGAACAGUAUUACGACCCUGGCGACGAGCCGGUCGCAGACGAACCGUUCACGUUCGAAACGGAACUCGACGACCUUCCCAAGGAGAAGCUGAAGGAGUUGAUAUUCGAGGAGGUGGAAGCAUUUCGCCAGAACGCAGAUAUAUGGGAAGAGAAGAUGGCUGAAGGGACGGCGCACGGGAAACGCUCUUCCACGUCGACUCCCAACUGUCUCGAAAUCCCGUUCUGAUCCCGUCGAAUUUACCACGCGCACGUUCUCUCUUUUUCCGGAUUCGAACGCGCCGUUUCCUAGCGACGAACACUCGCAAACAAAUGUCGAAAUCAAACUCCAAACCAACUCUGCUCAUGUCCGUGUCAGUGAGAAUUUCUUUGUCGCUGUAAGACUGUUCUGUCUCUGAUUUCUCGGGCGAGAAAGAAAGAAAGAAAGGACGAAUGUUGUUCCCAGUGAAGAUCGCAUACCGUAUUGUGUUUCAGAGACGUUGUAGUGGCUUGGAUGACCAGCUGUCUACGCACAGCUGCGAUCAACGAUGUGACCGCGGUUGCUAUACCUAACAAGGGUUCCUUUCUGCUACGCUUGCUACUGUAAGAGCGUAUUUGCCUCGCACACAAGCCGCUGGUGCUGGCAACGGGAAACGCUUUCACGAUAGCAAUUAUAAGGUGCAAGCGGGAGUGUUACAGAUGUGAAAAGGUUGCGCGACUCUGCAGUUAGUCAUGGGUUCAUGUGAUCGUAUAUACAUACGUAUACAAGAGUUUAUACAAACUUUAUUUUUUAUUUGUUUUUUUUUGAAACGGUAAAUUAUCGCUUGUGUUUUUAUUUCGACGAUAUGUAGCCGGUAAGGAUAAUCGUGAUUAUGAGCUGCUAUAUAUUUAAUUAAUUGUAAGUGUUAUAUAAUGCCGGACACGCAGGACCGGCCGCUGUCGCUGCAUGAGCUGCCGAGGAGGGACUUGUACUCAACAUCCUAACCUUCUCCGUUCGGCAUGCAUGGAUCUGCGUGUACAUGAAC